AAUUGAUUGACGUAGAGUUUUUGAAUUACAAAACGAAUUAAAGACGUUGCAACCUUCGGUGGAAAAAAUGGAAGAACUGGAACAUCGGGUCAAACAGCUCACGCGGCAAAUGCUACUUUGGGAAGAAGAUACUGCGCAUAUGGAAGAGCAGAAACGAUAUAUCAAAGGGCUGCUUUCUCAGUGGUGGGGUAUGGAAGAAUUAAUAACAAGUUUGCAGACCGAAAAUCGCGCCCUCGAAGAACGUCAAAGCCAACGGGAUUCGGAAUUGGAGCAAUUAAAGAUUGAAAUGAAAUCCUGUCAAUCGAGGAUAAGCCACCUAGAUCAAGUAUCAGCAUCCCCAAAGUCCGACAGUGGUAAUGAUAGAAAGGAGGCCAGCCGUUUGCAGACGAUGGUUGACGAGUUAAAACAGCGUGUGGAGCAGCUAGAGGUGAGGAACCUACAAUAUCAAAUGGAUCUGGAGAAAGCAAGGCACGAGGAAGAAAAGUUUAAAAAGCUGGCAGCGUUAUCCGAGACAGCCAGUCAUGAUGCUUCUGGAUUUCGACGAUCGUUUGAUGAACAGGCGCCUGCGGACAUGGACCAAACUACGGCACGUCAUGUGGCACCUGGAGUCAAUCGUAGUUUAUCAGUUACUGAUGCAGAAAUCGGUCUUCACACCCAUCCCACCGCCGUAAGCCGGUCUAUUUCUGAUCCCAAGCAUCCGGUGUUACGAGAGGAUGAUACCAAACAUCAUUAAUAUUCCUUUUUACAUACACAAUUGCAUUUAUUCCAUAAACUACAAGAUCCUCAUCAUUUGAACAGG